CUUUCUGAGCUCAAGACAUUUCAAAUGAAUUUGAUAACUUCAAAAAACAACAACUUCUGGAUCAUUUGAUUGUUGGUGAAAAGAGACUCAAAAUGAGUCUUGACACCUUAAGAACCAAACUGCUUCUGCAGGAGUGCCAUUUCACUUGGUCUCUGAGAGAGGAUGAAGACUUUGUUCUCUGCGAUUUGCUGAAUCGUCUCGAGGAACAGAUUGAGUUGGAAUCUGACAAGGCGAGAGUAACCAGAGCUUACAGCAGCUUCGCUUUCAUUCAGUAUCUCAACGGGAACCAUCAGGAAGCUCUCGGAAAUCUGCAGACAUCAGUGCAGCUCGCCAAGAAGCUCUACAGAGACAGCGAUGAAGUUCUUAUUGUUACAUAUGGAGAUCUUGCCUGGUUGCACUACCACAUGAAUGAAAUCCCUGUAUGUGAAGGCUACCUGAGACAGUUAGAGAGGAUACAGAAAAAGUUUUCUGAAGGAUCCACUUAUGACGUGGAAGUGCUCAGAGAAAAGGGUUGGACUUUUCUUAAAUUCUCUCACAAAUACUAUAAUGCUGCAAAGGAGUGCUUCAGACAGGCCCUUGAAAUGAACCCAGGUGAUAGCGACUUAAAUGCUGGCUAUGCUUUAGCACUGUACCGCACUACAAAAGAGACCUCAGAUUCGCUAACAAUGCAGCAACUCGAAAAAGCCAUAAAGCUUAAUCCAGAUGAUGCUGUCCUACUGGUGAUGCUUGCAUUGAGAAUGCAGCAUAAUAAGGAUGAUGUCAAAACUGCCCAGUUAAAUGUGAUUAAGGCUCUACUGAAGCCUUAUGACCCACAUGUUAUAAGAUAUGCAGCAAAGUUUUAUCGUCAAUUAGGUGGCAAGGAUGAUGCCAUUAAGCUGCUGGAAGAAGCCCUGGAGGAAACCCCAAACUCAGCCUUUGUACACCAUCAGCUGGCAAUGAGUUACAAAAGCAAAAAGAUAUCCCUGGAAAAGAACUAUAGGACACAUGGUAAAGCAGAGUUUGACGUUGAAGAGUCAAUAAAGCAAUGCCUGAGUAAGAUAAUCUAUCAUCUGGAAGAGGCCGUUUCCUUAAAGCCCAUUUUCGUUAUAGCUGUAGCAGAUUUAGCUCUUCACUAUGGACAGAGUGGUUGCUCUAAAGCUGAGACCCUCUUUGAUGAAGCAUUUAAAUUGGCUAAUAAGGAAAAGCAACAUCUGCAGGCAGUCCAUAGUUUUUAUGGGCAAUACCAGCUCUAUACCAGAAGAUCUGAAGAACUGGCCAUCCGUCAUUUUUUGCAAGGUUUGAUGCUGCAACCAAAAUCAGAACAAGGCAGGAUGUGUGAGGAGAGUCUGGAAAAGAUAAUCAAGCAUCGUAUUAAAAGGGUGGAAAAUCCCAAUGACAGCAAGGUGUGUGCCAUUCAGGGAUUCAUUCAUGAAGUGAAAGGUGAAAAACUCAAGGCUGUGGAGUCUUAUAAAAGAGCCCAAAGAGGUGGAUAUGAUUUUGGUGUAAGCUUUCCUCUCACAGGGAUGAGGAUUUGGCUCAUGGGUAUCGAUGUCCGAGACAAAUGCAUUGGACAACUGAUUUUUGAAAAAGGAACUUAUGAUGAAGUUCGCAGUGGCAUGCUAAAGGUUUUUAAAGGUUCAAUGAACAACCAUCAUGUGCACUUGGUCGACGUUGAUAUUUCCAAUAUCAAGAGGAUCCUUAAAUGGGAAAAACUGUCUCUUGGGCCUCAUGCUGUUCUGCUUGCAUUUUCUCUUCAUCAUGGCCAAUUCGCAGAGCAGACCAGAAAGAUGCUUGAAAAUUUAGAGUUUCUUGGAGAGAAAUUCUGGAAUCGUGUGAUUGUAGUGUUUAAAGAGGGAGACUGUAGCAUCAAUGAAUAUGCUGGAGCUCAGAGAAGCACACUGGAGUGGCUUCGUGAAAAAUGUAGACACAACACCUACAUCUCUGGCUUUGCACCAGAAAUUACAGAGAGGAGAAAGCUUUUUGAGAGGAUCCAGGCAGUGAUCAGGAGAAAUAAUUCAAUGCACCUGGUAUUACCAGACAUUUUUGAUGAAGUUUCUCAGUCUCCUUCACACAUAUUAAGUAAAUCAGACGACAAUGAUUUUUUGUUCACCCCUGAGAUCAUCAUACAAGGAGGCCAAAGUAAAUACAGGCUACAAUGCCGCCAUGCAGGCUGGUUCCGUUGUGCGUUUACGCAGAUUGGUUUUAACAUGGAGAGUGAAGGGGAGGUACUGUAUAGCACUGUUCUUCAGGAAAGUGACUGUCCAGUUCCUGCAAACCAUUACCAAGCAGGACCCCUUUAUGACAUCAAAUGUUUUCAGGGUGAGCUGUCUCAACUCAGACUACCUCACUGUGAGGCCUCCAUUGAGGAUGCCUACGACUACAUGUCGGUUAUACAUUACUCAAAUCAGACCAUUGAUAUUCUGAAACCUCAGGAUAUCACGAGCACUCACAUUACAGUGACCAUCUCAGGAACGUCAAAGUUUUUAAUUUCCAAAAAAGGUAACUGGUUUAACAGUCGUGUACUUGGCCAAGUGAUGAUUUUCUACAAACAGCAAACACACAAGCUGCAUGUUUUUCUGCAACCACGCAAUGUGGACCCCCGAGAAGUGGAGAAAUGUGAUAGUAAUUAUAAAUUCAUCCAGUUACCUUGUGAAUGCAUGCUCAAAUAUAACGCUGUGUACAGCAUGUCCUGUGAUGCUGCUGAAUUUGAUCCUGUUGAUGAGCAUGGACUUUCAGAGAGGCCUGUACCACGGAUACAACCAAAGGACACAAAGGUUCAUUUAACUAAGCAGUGGAAACAUUUCUAUCCAACAUUUGACAUAACCUUGCCAGGUGGUGUGAUGAAUCUGUGUUUACAUCUCAAAAAGAAAAACACUAAAAAAGGAAAGGUUAAGGAUGUAUGGGACCGUGACAUAACACUUACAGAGCAUACAGUGGAAAACAGCAGACCAGACACAUUACCCGAAAAGCAGUGUGAAUCCUUCCUGAAAUGCAACAGAGUCAAACUUAUCAAAAGCGUGAGAAAUGCUGAAGCUGUUUUAGAUCACCUAGUAGACAUUAUUGAGGUUGAGCUGAUGAGUAAAAUCAGAGCAAUGAACACGUCUCAAGAAAAAAUGAGAAGCGUCUUUGACAUCAUCGAGCAUCAAGGUCGUUCUUCGAAACAGAAAUUCUACAAUGCGCUUGAAGAGGAAGAAAAGGAUCUUAUUAAAGAAAUGAAAGGCAAUCACUGAGAUGGACAAAAGUGAAACUGAACAGAAAAAAUAUUCAAAUUUAUGUUCAAACUCCCGUCUUUGACCACUGUAUUUGACUAAAAUAUUGGGUUGUAUUGCUUCUGCUUUACAGUAUAGUAUGAUCAUGUUUAGACUGUGUUUCAUAAAAUUUUAAUUUGCUUCUUUAAAGUGGACCUAUUACGCAAGAAUCACUUUUAUAAGGGGAUAAACACAGUUGUGUGGCAACAGUCUGUGAAUAUACCCAGCUUCUAAUGGUAAGGAUGUAUUCGUUUUAUGUUUUAUAGUCACACUUGAUAUAAAAACAGUCUGCAGAAGCACUUUAUUUGACACUCUCCCUUUGUAGGUUUCGUCAGAGAGGCUAAACCCCGCCCAUUAGUGGCGAUCUCUCCCUCAUUAGCAUAGGACUUUAGUCUUGUUUUUUAAUCUGCCACUAUUAUUUGUGUGGUAUUGGAACAAUUGAACGCCUUGGGCUGAUUCAAAUAAGAAUAUGAAAAAAAUUUGAAGUGAUGCAGUAUGGGGAAAGACAUUAACUGUUUAAUCUGCCACUAUGCUGACACAGAUGCAUUUGUAGCUCCACCCUCUUUAGGUAAGAGCACAAUCUCAUUUGAAUUUAAAGCUGCAGUCACCAAAAUGGCACAAUUAGGAUCAAAGCCUAAAAUGGGUAGUCUCAAAGAGUUGCAAAACAUUAUUUGUGUGGUAUUUUUUAGCUGAAACUUCACAUACACUUUUGAGGGACAUCAGAGACUUAUUUGACAUCUUAUAAAAGAGGCAUAAUAGGUCCCCUUUAAUUUAAAAUCACCUGUAAAUAAUAUUUUUUUAGAAGUAAAAGUAAAAUCUUGACAGUAUUUAUCAAUGAAUGCUGACAGUUUCAUGUUUGAAAUAUUGUUUUGUUACAAAAAACAACGUACAUCUGUUAUUCUGUGGGAUGUGUUGAAAUGUGGGAUCAGGAAUAUUCAUAAAUAUUUAUAAAAUAUUAGUUUUUUUCUCUUCUUAAUUUUGCUUAUGCUAAUGAUACAUGUUCAGGAAACAAAUGCAGGUGUUUGAGGACUGUUUCAUGAUAAACAAUAAUUAUAAUUUUAUUUAAGCUAUAGUUGAACAAAAAUAAAUAUUGUUGCCCUGUGUAAUAGCAUAACGAUAUACAGUGUGUACACUGUGUGUAUGUGUGUGCGUGUAUAUAAAGUUCCUAAAAAUUUUGUGCCAUUUGCUUGAUUUUACAAUAAAUUCGGUGAUUGUAGAAUCCCAAAAUUCUGCAGAGAUGUCUCAACACAACAGCUGGCUGUUUUUUUGUUCAUUAUGUGUCAUGGAAAUUCAGCUUUUUUGUCAAUGAAAGUCAGGAAAUUUGACAUUUGGCUUUGAGCAGGAAACUGUAUGCUCUAUUCAGAAAGGCUUAUCCCUUUGCCCUAAGUUUUGAAGGAAUUAAGGCUUAGAAACGAGCCCUUCCGAAUGCAAAGCAGUGAACAUGUUCAAUACUGGCCAAAUACGUUCCCAUUUGGAAUGCACCAAUAAUGCCAUCAUUCCAUCCCAUCUGCAAACAAGGAUAUAUAAGCAACCAAGACGUUAUUGGAAAAGUCACAGUCAUUACACAAACUUCUUACUGCUUUAAUGUUUAACAGUAUUAAUGAUUGGAGCAAUUGAACGCCUUGGGCUGAUUCAAAUUAGAAUAUGAAAAAAUAACAAUGAUUCAUCAUUAAUUUGAAGUGAUGCAGUGUGGGGAAGGACAUUAACUGUUUACAGAAUAUAUAGCAGAAAACAGCAGAUUGAACAUAUGAAACAAUCAUUGUUCUGUUGACUUAA